UUUACACUCGUUUACACGGAAGUGCAUGGAGACAGAGGAGGCUGACUCUGAGUUGCUUUGCGCACAAUCCACUCAUUCUCUCUCCUCCCUCCUCUCUAGCCUCUGGAUCCCUUACAGCCCGCGCUUCCUCCCUUCCACCCAGAGAGUGGCGCUUUGGGAUGCUAGGGAUGCACCUCCGUGUACUUCUAAGGUGGGAGGGGGCUACAAGCAGAGGAGAAUAUCAGACGCUCAGACAUUCCCUUCUGCCUGCCGCUCUUCUCUGAUUCCACUAGGGUUGGUCCGUGUAAGAAACUGACGGAGCUUAAGGCAGCUGUGAGAGGAAGAGGCUGGGGCGCGUGGAACCCUAAAAGUCUGGGUGCUCUCAGCUACAGCCUACUGAGUCCGCGGCAGGCCUUCAGCACCAUGGACAGCAGCACCGGCCCAGGGAACACCAGCGACUGCUCUGACCCCUUAGCUCAGGCAAGUUGUUCCCCAGCACCUGGCUCCUGGCUCAACUUGUCCCAUGUAGAUGGCAACCAGUCCGACCCAUGCGGCCUGAACCGCACCGGGCUUGGCGGGAGCGACAGCCUGUGCCCUCAGACCGGCAGCCCUUCCAUGGUCACAGCCAUCACCAUCAUGGCCCUCUACUCUAUCGUGUGUGUAGUGGGCCUCUUCGGAAACUUCCUGGUCAUGUACGUGAUUGUAAGAUAUACCAAAAUGAAGACUGCCACCAACAUCUACAUUUUCAACCUUGCUCUGGCAGAUGCCUUAGCGACCAGUACACUGCCCUUUCAGAGUGUCAACUACCUGAUGGGAACAUGGCCCUUCGGAACCAUACUCUGCAAGAUUGUGAUCUCAAUAGAUUACUACAACAUGUUCACCAGCAUCUUCACCCUCUGCACCAUGAGCGUGGACCGCUACAUUGCUGUCUGCCACCCAGUCAAGGCCCUGGAUUUCCGUACCCCCCGAAAUGCCAAAAUUGUCAAUGUCUGCAACUGGAUCCUCUCUUCCGCCAUUGGUCUGCCUGUAAUGUUCAUGGCAACCACAAAAUAUAGGCAGGGGUCCAUAGAUUGCACCCUCACGUUCUCCCAUCCCACCUGGUACUGGGAGAACCUGCUCAAAAUCUGUGUCUUCAUCUUCGCCUUUAUCAUGCCAGUCCUCAUCAUCACUGUGUGUUAUGGACUGAUGAUCUUACGACUCAAGAGCGUCCGCAUGCUGUCGGGCUCCAAAGAAAAGGACAGGAACCUGCGCAGGAUCACCCGGAUGGUGCUGGUGGUCGUGGCUGUAUUUAUCGUCUGCUGGACCCCCAUCCACAUCUACGUCAUCAUCAAAGCACUGAUCACGAUUCCAGAAACCACUUUUCAGACUGUUUCCUGGCACUUCUGCAUUGCCUUGGGUUACACAAACAGCUGCCUGAACCCAGUUCUUUACGCCUUCCUGGAUGAAAACUUCAAACGAUGCUUCAGAGAGUUCUGCAUCCCAACUUCCUCCACGAUCGAACAGCAAAACUCCACUCGAAUCCGUCAAAACACUAGGGAACACCCCUCCACGGCUAAUACAGUGGAUCGAACUAACCAUCAGCUAGAAAAUCUGGAAGCAGAAACUGCUCCAUUGCCCUAACUGGGUCCCACACCAUCCAGACCCUCGCUAAGCUAAGAGGCUGCCAUCUGCUUGGUAUCAGUUUGCUGUCACCGUGUGUGGGAGGCUCUGGUUUCCUGGAAAACCACCUGAUCCUGCAUCAUUUGAAGUCUUUCCUCUCUGGCUACUUCAUUCUACACAUGAGAGACACUCAGACUGUGUCAAGCGCUCAGAAGGAAGAGACUGCAGGCUACUACUGAAUCCCGCUCAUGUCCUGAACCAUCAGAAACACCCAGUGGACCACAAUACUCUAUGGUAUGUGAAUUGCGAUCAGCAUAGAAGACGACCCUUCUCUAUGUAGAAUUUUUAUUUUCAAGCAAAUACUUACGACCUCAUCAAAGAAAAAAAUGUCACUUGUUAAAUUUACUGUAGUGAUGCAUAAAGUAAAUGCUACCUCUGACCUCUAGCCCAGUCACCUUCUAUGGAAAGUUCUGGUCUUAGUCUUUUGUGAGGGAAUAUGUCAUUUCCAACUUAAAACUUUCACCUUCAAGUUGUGGUCUAGUUAAGACAUCAGGGACACCUCUGUUUCUUGAUUUUGUAUUGUUUGAAAGAAGACGACAUCUUCCUCCCUAGCUGUGUGUUGAAAAUGAAAGGAAUUUUAAAAAGUGUCAACUGCAGAAUGGUUGAUCCUCACACUGAAAGAACUUACUGGGAGUUAUAAUGUGGGGGGUGGGGAGGGAGGAGCUGACCUUCCUAAUUCCCCUGAUGUCCUCUAAGUGUUCACAAGGUCAAGCUCAUAAAGUCACCCAGUCAGCUCAUCAUGCCACCAUUCUGAGCAGGAAGCCAAGAAAUUUUUUUCUCUUCAUUUUUUUCAGUGAUUUCUCCACACUGCAUGCUCUCUUGUGUAUUAUUUUCCCUGAUGCCUUCUGAAUCAGUAUGAUCAAACAACAGAUGUUUUUCUUAGGUUCCAGGAAAGUUUAAGCACUUUUAAAAUAUGAACCCAAUAAACACAAUUACAAGACAGACUCAACCAAAUAGGAAAAAACAUGUAAUGGGUUUUUCAACCCGAUAUUAUGACUUGAACAUGAAAUAUUAAUAAUACCCCAAACCUCCCUGAAGACUUGCAUUUAUGCAGUGCCGUAAUCAUUAUCUUGGUCUUCUUAAAUCUUGGAUAAAUAUCAAGAUUUCCUUGAUACGAUGUCAAUCUUCGGUGUAGCUUCUCUAAGAAAAGUCUUCUCUGACUAAGGUUUUGAUUUUUUUUUUUUUUUUGACAUGACAUGCAGUUGAGAUUUAGCAGUCUCCCAUUUUUAGAUCUGGAGGAAUGAACAAGUCAGAUGGCCCAUGCAAAGGAGUGAACUUUGAACUUUGGUCAGCACUGAUUACAUGAAUUUUAUCAUCAUCUGUGGAGAUGGGAGGAGAAAAGAAGGGCUCUGGGUCCCUUCCAAGGGUUCCAGGGACUGCAAGCAGCCAGCAGAUGCAACAACAAAAAGUGUGUCUCUUCAUCCGUCUAACAGACACCAAUACACCCCAGAUAUUGAAAGGCAGUAUUUCUGGAAGACAGCUGCCAUAGGUCAGAAUAACUGAAUUUACUGACUCGGAUCUGAUUGGCUAUAAUUACAUGAACCCAGCCAUGUAUCCAUUAGAGGAGGGAAAAAAAGUUCUAAGAUAAGUGUUUUAAUGCUUCCUUUCAAUAAUGCCUCUAAUAACCUCCAUUUCUGAGACAUUACAUCCCAGGAUAAAUGGGCAUUAUGUUGUACUUCUUACAUUUUCUGGUAGAAGUAAUUAAAACCAAAAUCUUUAAAAGAUUUAGAAUUUUAAAAUGGACAAAUCAAAUGGGACUCACUACGUAGACUGAACUAUCCACAUGUAAGGAUGGAGGAAGAACAUUCUUGCUUCCAGUAUAGUGUUUGACACAAGUUCACUCAAGAACACAGUAUUGUUUCUGCUCUUUGGGCUUCUUUUUAGUGUUUCUGUGUAAUGCCCCACUCCUGGUAUGGAUUAACUGAUGUAUGCCUGAAAGCAAUUUGGCCUUGAUGUAGGACUUGGUACAAGUGUUUUUCUACAAACGUUACAUUCUUUUCCAUAUCGUCUCUUAGACUCUACAAAGAAUACAUAAUUCUUGUUCUUGAAUAGGUUCAUUUUAAAAAUACAUUCUAAAGCCAGUAAGGUAUUGCCAGUAGUUUUUUCAUGGAAAGCCACUUUCAAACACCUGUGUGCUAAAACCAACUUUCAGCUCAGUGGCUCAUAGAGAGGCAAGAGCCCUCAUCCCACAAGAGCAAUUUUCCAUUGUGACCUAAUGUUAAAGAAAAUGAAGUUGUUGUUCUUCCUUCUGACUACACCUGUACCUUCACAAAGGUAGCAUCUUCCUCAUUACUAUCUUUUACUUGGGCUGCCCCAGAAUUGAAGGUUAUGGAUGUGAAGGGGGAGGUUUGAAGUUCAGCCAUAGCUACAGAAGCCCUGUGUUGCUGGGUCCGAGGCUCAGUGGCCUGUCCUCCUCCAACUCUGCUUCCUGUGUGGAUCCUCCAUUAUGUGGCUGCCAUGUCCUCUCCCGACCAAUCUCUAGAAAGGAAAGGGGCAGGGAGAUGGGACUCAACCAGGAAAGAGCAAUUCUACAAUGAAGAGAGGGACGGCCCAGAAGGAAUUGGGGCAUGCUUUUGUUUUAAACACUUCGCUUCAGUAUUCUGGAUCUGCCUUCAUUUCAUGACACUAAGGACAAGUCUUGAAGAGAUACUAAAGAACUUUAAUCCAAAGGUCAAAUAGAUGAGUAUCUGAACAUUUGUUUUCGUUUUGUGUACCGGUGAGUUUUUACUUCACCACUUUGUGCUCUCAGCGGAUCACACAUAUGCACCUGCCCAGGAACUAUCUUUGGAUCCUCGAACGAAAGACACACAUACAUUAGCUUAUUUUUAAAUGCCUUGAAUAACUCAAAGUAGCCAGUGGCCACUUUCCCGAAAUCUCACAUGGCUCGUUGGCUCUAUCUCCUGCCACUCCUGUGCCCCAUCCUUCUUCCGCAAGCAUGGGGAUUCCCUCCUGUUCCUCUCUGCAUCCUAGCCUGAGUAACUCUAAGAGUCCCACCCCUUACCCAACCAUUGGCAUCUUUAUUGAUCGAUCAAAAACCAGUUAGGGACAAGGACCUUUAGUAUUUGGACACACAGAUUCAAAACAUUAAAAUCAAUCUCCAACAGUUUUAGGGUCUUUUGUUUGUUUGUUUGUUUUGUAUUGAUUUGACUUAUGUUUCUGAGCAAUCUAUAUAAGAUUCCUUAGCUCCCAUCUCCUUGAGAGGGUGGACAAUAAUAGCAACCCUCUUGGGUCAUGAUCAGGAUCAAAUGACAUAAAGUCUUCUAAAAAAUUUUCUUUGGUCUGUCAUGUACAAAAUGUUUUCUAUUAUAUAUGAAAUUAUCAAUGUUGAAAAAUAAAACAAUGACGAUAGGUAGCUUGGGGCUUCAGCUUAUAUAUAUCCACCACUGGGAUAACACUUUUUCCCCUCCUUUGAGAUGACUUGGAGAACAAAUGUACAAAUGGUCCCUAAGGUCUUUGUCCACUAAGACUUUUAAGGCAGGAGCACAUGGAAGACCCAAGUUUGUGACACCUAUGCUGGAGAUUAUUCACUUUCACUAGAAGUAGUUUCACCCUACACCUUUUGCUCCCCACUGUCUAAAUAGUUCCAGGAAUUAUGGGAUGACCCCUGUCCAAGGAGUGAGCCCAGGUGUCAACAUCUUCUUUUGAGUUGUGUGCGAAGGUGUUCGGAUGUAAUUGUGGAAGGCCGUGGCAUUUCUCAGUGUAAGCAGAUGAGUGGUCCUGUUAAAUAUAACCAGUACGGGUGUGUUUUAAGGUUACACAUUACAAAUAUGCAGAUGGCUGAAGCUUAGAAUUGGGACUAUAAAGUGGGCAGGGCCUGUACUGGCUGGUUUUGUGUGCCAACUUGACACAGGCAGGAGUUAUCACAGAGAAGGGAGCUUCAGUUGGGGAAGUGCUUCCAUGAGAU